CCAACGGUUAGGAUAAUUGCCUUCCAAGCAAUAGAUCCGGGUUCGACUCCCGGCUGACGCACGCGUCUUUUCCUGUUAGUUGUUCUUGUUUUGUCUUUUUCUUUGGCAGAGACUACGAUCCAGAACCAAUCAGGAAAGAGGAAAAAUCAGGCGGAAGGCCCAGAACCAACAAACCAACCAACCAGGUAUUCACGCGCCCAAAAACGAAUCACAACCUCAAAGCCGGGGCAUUCUCGUCACAAUCCCCAUCAACCUAUUUAAACCAAAUUCCCCAAACCCCCAAUGCUCCAAAAUCAAAUCAUUCGAUUUUCUCCUUUUUCUGGCCACAAAAUCAUUUCCUCCGCGCCAAAUGUUCGCUUCGCCACGGCAGUAGUUGCAGUACAGCCAUUUCUUUUUUCUUCUAUGGUUCAUGGCCGGCACGUGCCACUCCAUUAGACCUCACGUGAUCGGAUCCACCGUAAAGCUACCCUCAUCCACGGCCACCCGGACAAAGCCUCCGUUCUCGGUUCGGGUAUCGGGUUUCUCUGCCAAGAGCCAGGGGUUACCCACCGCCAAGGAUGAAGGUCCGUCUUGCAUAUUCGUUGGCCCUAUCGAAACCGCUAGUCAAGAAACCUUAGAAGCCCUCUAUCGCCAAGCACGGGAUGCUUAUUACAGUGGGGAGCCUUUGAUAGUUGAUGACAUGUUUGAUAGAGUAGAGUUAAAACUACGUUGGUAUGGUUCAAAAUCCGUUGUUAAGUACCCUCGUUGCAGUAUCAGGCGACAUUCUACUUAUGCGGAUGCAGAGGAAGAUAUAUCUCAAGUGUUGGCGUUAGCAAGCAUAUGGAUCCUGAUUCUUGCAGUUGGCUCUACAUUUUGUCUUGUGCCUCUCAUUUACACCAUUAGUCUAGCGUAUCAAGAUCCAUUCAGUUCUGAUUUUUCCUAUGGAAGUCAAGCAUCGAACUUUGAGUAUCUUGCCACUGUUAACGGCAUUCUCUUCGUGGCCAUUGGGUCAGUGAUUGGCUAUUCGGUUGCAUCAGCUGCUGUUCGGGUGCUUCAAAGACUAUGGAGGAAGGACUUGGUAGCACUGAAGGGGGCAUGCCCAAAUUGUGGGGAGGAGCAAUCUGUUUCGAGAGUAGGGAGAAGAUGGGUAUAUGGCCGAGUAUACCUUGUCUCAAGAAGAGACAGAAGUCGGAGGUGGAUGUGAGCUGUCUACAAACCGUACACAACUCAUCAUAACUGUUAAUAGAAGCAUGAUUCUUUCCUCUUUGAUUUUCACACUCUUUUUGAGGGAUAAAAUAAAAGGAUCUCAGUAGAAGUUUUUGUUACAACAGAAUAGACUGCUGGACUUCUUAUACUGUAGAAUUAACUCUUGAAAUUAAAUGUAAAGCAGACUUUAGUGUCUUCCUUUGAAAAAGUUAAUUAGUUAUCUUUUGCUUUUGAACAA